UUGUGCCUUUAAGGUUGAAGCUGACGUGUAGCUUUCACUUUCGCUUUAGCUAUCAAAGCGUAUGAUAGUGUAGGCAUAUAUACCAAUUAAAUGUUAGGGUAUUUAUUAAUAAAAACCGACCACAACUGCUGAUCGAUACAGCAAAUAUUUCCAGGUACCCUACAGCUGUAGGUGUACUAUAUGAAAGCGGAACUUACUCAACGGGAGUUUUUAGUCGUGCGUCAUUCCUUUUUCCAGUUUCUCUCGCUGUAAGCUACCAUUCCACUUCCUACAAACAUUCAUGGCAUCUCCAGAACAACACCUGCCUCAGGUAAUCCCUCAGAUGAUAGAGGCUCUAAGCAGCACGGAAGUCGCGGCGCUCAUUUAUUUGUGUGGACGCUCGGAGACGGACAGCAGCUCGGUUGAUGUGAAGGAGAUGCUGGAAUCUAAGGUAAUACUCCACGAGAACAGUCUGCUGUUUCUGGCAGCGCUCAUGUGGCAGCUGAGACGUUUGGACAUCAUGAGAAAGCUGUUUAAGACCAGCAGGGAGGAGUUGGAGAGGAUUACCAAAAACAGACAUGUUCUGCCAAGAUUCAGAGUAUUGAUGGUUAAUAUAAAUGAGGACAUUGCCAGCGAUGAUCUCAGCAGUUUGAAAUUCCUGUUAAGCACCACAAUACCACGUGAUAAGACAGAAAGAGCAAAGAAUUUCCUGGAUGUGGUCAUUGAACUUGAGAAGCUGGAUUUAGUUGCUCCUGAAAGAGUGGACUUCUUGGAGGAAUGUUUCAUAAACAUUGGCAGGGUUGACAUAGCCAAAAAAGUAGCUGCUUACAAGAUGCCAGCUGCAACACCUGAACAGCAUUCUUCUCAAGUGCAAAGGUGCAGAAAUCCCUGUCCACCCCCCACCGCAAAUAGUUCUCAUUCUGUACAGCAAACAAGACAAGGACAGCCCCUCCAUACUGCCCCAGAAAACUUAUCAGUGCCUGUAUCUAUGAGGCAGAACUAUCAGAAUCCAGUCCAGUCGUACAAAUUUAACACUGAUCCCAGAGGAGUUUGUAUUAUCAUUGACUGUGUGGGGAAUGAUGGAGACAUGUUGGAACAGACAUUUACGGCUCUUCACUUCAAUGUGAUCCUCUACAAGUGGCUGAGUGUGGAUGACACGCUUUCCGCUCUCAGAGGGAUAGUCAGACAGAGAGAGAACCACAGAGGUGAUGGGUUUGUCUGUUGCAUCAUUAGUCGUGGUACAGCUCAUAACCUCCUGUGUACAGACUCGUACAGUGCAGGUAUAUACCUAGACAGUAUCCGACGUCUUUUCACUGCUGAUGCAUGCCCCAUGUUGGUUGGCAAGCCCAAACUGUUCUUCAUCCAGAGGUACAAAACCCCAGAGUUUCAGUUCCAUGCCAGGAUGCACCAUCGGGAUGAGGAUCUUGAGACAGAUGGGUGUGAUGGGUUGUCCAGGUACAAUUGCAUCCCCACAGAUGCAGACGUGUUCUGGAGUCACUGUUGGACAGAUGAACACCAACUGGAGCAAGGACAUCAUCGCUCUGUUUACCUGAAGUCUCUGACAGAUGCCUUACAUAAAGGCCAGAGGAGGAAAACCAGUCUUCUUGAUAUUCAUACUGAGGUGAAUGGGGUCAUCUUUGAACAUAACAAGAAGAAUCCUGGAGCAAACUACCACAUUGAUCUGAAACAUACACUAAGGAAAGAGCUUUGCUUCUAGUAGAGCGUUUAGUACCAUCACAUUCGCACAACGCUCACUCCCUUCCUGUGGGCUACCUGUUCAGUGUAUAUACAGAGACACCUACUGGUUGUGUUGAUUCAAAACUGUCACAGUUUGAAGGAGCAAGUGUUUUGUUUUAAUUUGUAUGUUUUUGCACAUAUAUUUAUUAAUCAUUUGCUAACCUAUGUCCCACCCUUCUUUUGCCCUUUCUUGCCUUUCAAAGUGCAGCUAAAAAAUUAGAAAUGUGAGAACUUGUGAAGCAGGCCACCAUAUGUUUGAUGUGUUAUAUCUAUCUAUCUUCAUUUUUCAUUUAAUUUAUUUUAUUGUUUGAUUAUUCACUUUAUUUUACUAUGUGAUUUCAUUUUUUCUAUUUUAAUCUUUUUGUAAAAAAACAUCUUGUAAUGUAACUUGUUAAAAAAAUGAUGUAGUGAUAAUAUACGCAUUACUUCUUUUUGUAUUCCACCAUACGCAGUGCAGCUAUACAAGGUAACUGUGACAAUACACUAUAUUUAAUUUGUUUAUUUUCAUUUUAUUUUAUUGUCUUAUUUCGUGAUCUUAUUUUUGAAGUUUGC